AUUGGCUCAACUGGACAAAUCAAACAAGUCGGAUAAGGUUUCAGAUUAUAAAAGAACAUUCUUGACAGACCAAGGGUCAAUGGGUCCCGGUCUUCUGAAGAAUUGGAAAGCUUAUAUUCUUCACUAGGAUGGCAGAACCAGGUGAGGUUUUGGAAAGGGAUCUGUUUCUCUUACAAUACCAAAAUGCGCUCAGGGGACCGCGCCGGGCAGCCUACCUGUGUUUUAAAGCAUCAAGUGUCGAGUGUAUUGAUUCUCCUAAAUCUGGAUAUUUUUGCAGUGACCGUGGUGAGCACGCAGAGAUGCGAUUUCUGGAGAACCUGAAAACCUUGGAUUGUGGACUCAGCUACACGGUCACUUGUUACUUGUCCUGGUCACCCUGUGCAUACUGCUCCAAGGCAUUAGUCAAAUUUCUGUCCAACAAUCCAAACGUAAAUCUUUGUAUCUUUGUGUCGCGCCUCUACCGCAUUGACGAGAGGAGAAAUCGGGAGGGCCUGAAGCUGCUGAAGGAUGCCGGAGUGCAUCUCAAAGUCAUGAAUAAUGAACACUUUGAAUACUGCUGGAAAACCUUUGUUGAUCAUAAACAAAGCCCCUUCCCUCCUUGGGACGACAUUGUUGAAAACCACGCUUAUUAUGAAGAAGAGCUCACCGAUAUUCUCCAGCAGAACAGCCUUUGCGCAAAGGAUGGGGUUUGUGUGCUUAUCGUUGGGACCUCCAUGGUCCGGCAUGUAGAUAUUCCCAGAUGCAGCACUUCCUGUCACCCAUGUGCUCUCGUUAAAGAAGUCGAUGACGUCAUGCUUCAUCUAUUGGAUCAAUGCCCGUCUGUCGCUGCUGUGGUUGUUCAUGUAGGAACGUGGGACCACAAACUGCUGCAGUCAGAGAAACUGAAAGAUGACUACAUCUCACUCAUAUCCACCAUCCAAGCCUCAAAGAAGCGUGCCAUUGUUUCAGGUCCCUUUGUCCCCCCUUACUUUGGUGACGUAAACUUUAGCCGUGUCAGACAACUCCACAUCUGGCUUAAAAGAUACUGUAUGAGCAAAAGCAUCCCCUAUGUGGACAACUUCACCACUUUUCUCAAUAGACCAUACCUUUUCAAAGCAGACUUCUUCCUCCCAAAUCACAUUGGAUCCCACCUAUUAUCAAUGAAUAUUGAACUCACUCUACUCUCCUGCGAUGCAUUCUCAAAUAAUAUUUUGGAAGGGGAUCUGUUUCUCGACCAAUACCAAAAUGCGUGCGAUGCAUGGAUAAGGGCAACCUACCUGUGCUUUGAAGCAGAUGUCGAUUUGACUAACUCUAGAUGGUUUCGCAAUCAUCAGGGUAUACACGCAGAGAUGCAAUUUCUGGAGAACCUGAGAACCUUGGAUUGUGGACUCAGCUACAAGGUCACUUGUUACUUGUCCUGGUCUCCCUGUGCAGACUGCUCCGAGGCAUUAGUCAACUUCCUGUCCAACAAUCCAAACGUAAAUCUUCGUAUGUUUGUGUCGCGCCUCUACCGCAUUGACGAGAGGAGAAAUCGCGAGGGCCUGAAGCUGCUGAAAGAUGCCGGAGUGCAUCUCGAAGUCAUGAAUAAUGAACAUUUUGAAUACUGCUGGAAAACCUUUGUUGAUCAUAAACAAAGCCCCUUCCCUCCUUGGGACGACAUUGUUGAAAACCACGCUCAUUAUCAAGAAGAGCUCACCGAUAUUCUCCAGCAGAACAGCCUUUUUGCAAGGGACGGGGUACGUGUGCUUAUCGUCGGGACCUCCAUGGUCCGGGAUGUGGAUAUUCCCAGAUGCAGCACUUCCUGUCACCCAUAUGCUCUCGUUAGAGAAGUCGAUGAUGUCAUGCUUCAUCUACUGGGUCAAUGCCAGUCUGUCGCUGCUGUGGUUGUUCAUGUAGGAACGUGGGACCACAAACUGAUGCAGUCAGAGAAACUGAAAGACGACUACAUCUCACUCAUAUCCACCAUCCAAGCCUCAAAGAAGCGUGCCAUUGUUUCAGGUCCCUUUGUCCCCCCUUACUUUGAUGAAGUAAACUUUAGCCGUGUCAGACAACUCCACGUCUGGCUUAAAAGAUACUGUAUAAGCAAAAGCAUCCCCUAUGUGGACAACUUCACCACUUUUCUCAAUAGACCAUACCUUUUCAAAGCAGACUUCUCCCUCCCAAAUCACAUUGGAUCCCACCUAUUAUCAAUGAAUAUUGAACUCACUCUGCUCUCCUGCGAUGCAUUCUCAAACUGACGCUCAGCAAGCUCAGAAUUCCUGGAUCACUAUAGUACCCACUGCUGUCCACCUGCAACCAGUUCAGCCAAUUGAGUUAGACCACAAAAAUAAAGCAAUACCAAAAGUUUUUUCGAAAUAAUUUUUGUAGCUUUCAAAACUUUUUAUCGUUCUCCUUUUUUAAAGCUAAGGUACCACCAGCUUGUGUUUAUUUCUCUUACAGCCCAAUAUUUAUACAUCUUCACUUUCUGUAAAGCAGUGAUGUCCCCAAUGUCUAUCUUUGCCAAGAGCGAUAAGUAGAAGAAGAAAAUGCUCCUCCACUAUAUGGCAAAAGGUGACAGUUAUAGCCACAUGCUGCCAUUCAUACAAUAUAUAAGCUUUGUUUUUAAUUUAACAGUCCCAAAUUUUACACAAAUUAAAUCUGUGAGUAAAUUGUGAUUCAUUUAUCAUCAUUUCAGUAAACAAUAUACCCAUUC